UCACUGUCAGAUCUCUGUUCAGAGGAGAUGGAAGAGAGAAAUCACUCGGAGGUGACUGAGUUCAUUCUCUCAGGACUGACAGAUCGUCCAGAGCUCCAGGUUCCCCUGUUUGUGGUGUUCCUACUGAUUUAUGGUAUCACCCUGAUGGAGAAUGGGGGGAUGAUCUUGUUAAUCAUGACUGAUCCCCGACUCCACACCCCCAUGUACUUUUUCCUGAGUAAUUUGUCUUUCUGUGACCUCUGUUUUUCCUCGAUAAUUUCCCCUAAGAUGCUGCAAAAUUUCUUAGCCGAGAGGAAAAGCAUUUCUUACACUGCCUGUGCCGUGCAAAUGAAUCUCUCUGUCAUUUUUACAGAUGUUGAGUGCCUGUUGCUGGCUGUGAUGGCGUAUGACCGUUAUGUGGCCAUCUGUAACCCGCUGCUCUAUAUGGUCACCAUGUCCAGGCAGCUUUGUAAACAGCUGGUGGUUGGGAUGUACGCUGUGGGGUUGGUGGAUUCAAUCAUACAAACAUGUUUUACAUUUCGGCUGUCAUUCUGCAGCUCCAACAUUGUCAAACAUUUCUUCUGUGACAUCCCCCCACUGCUGGCACUCUCCUGUUCCGACACCCGCAUCAAUGAGAUUGUGAUCUUUGCUUUCACAUGCUGCAUUACAGUGAGCAGCUUUGUGACUAUCCUCCUCUCCUAUGUCUAUAUCAUCUCCACCAUCCUGCAGAUCCGCUCUGCCGAGGGACGGCGCAAAGCCUUCUCCACCUGCUCUUUCCACUUGACCGCUGUGGUCCUUCUUUUUGGCACAGUCCUCUUCAUGUAUUUACGUCCCACCUCCAGCUAUUCCAUGGACACGGACAAAGUAGCCUCAGCGUUUUACACGCUGGUGAUCCCCAUGUUGAACCCCCUCAUCUACAGCCUGAGGAACACUGAAGUGAAGGACGCUCUGAGGAAAACCCUGAAUAAACUCCUAACCAAUUCUUGA